AUGCCAUCUUUGAACCUGAAAGCAAAGAAGUUGGAGAUCGCUUCACUCCUGGACGAACUCGCCCGCGACCACAAACGUUCUUACGUGAAAGAAAAGUCUCGCAAAGAAGAACUCCUCGCAGAAGUCAUCGAGAGCGUCAUCGACUGGCUCAAUGAUAUAUGGAGAGUCAUAUACGAGUACGGUACAAAUUUUUCAAAGGCCCAUGCUUGUCUUUUGUACGUGUCUCAAGCGGUCGAACAGAUCGGUAACGCGCGGGUCGGCUCCUCUGGCAAGGUCGUCAAGUCUUUCCAUUUCACUGGCGCACACAACCUCCAGCGUGUUAUGCUUUGGAUUUGGCGCGACCUUUUCGUAGUCAUGCUUGCCGAUGGCACUAAGCGUCAGAAGUCUGCCAUCCCAGAUAUGCUCGACGAUAUUCGCACCGAAUUCGGCUGGAACGCCCUCGAGCGAUUACUCUACGGUGGUCAAAAACCCGAUGACGACGAAGAUGACGACGACUUUGAUUUCGAUGAUGAUAUCGAUUAUGACGAUGAUUACAGUGAAGACUACACGGACACUGACGGAAACUCCGCUGGCACCGCUUGUAGCGAUGCUCAAUGUGCCUGUGGUUUCCACGCAUGCCAUUGGUCUAGCAAGUUCAAUGACGUUCACAUAUCCCUGCGCAAGCUCAUCCGCACGUCUCUCAUUUCUCUCUUUGCUACCAUGCCCAGUCCAAUUCUCUUUGCAAGUAUCGGCGACAUAUCUGAAGCGGAUGGAACGGACGAGGAUGACCUUUGCGAAGAGCUCCUCCCCACACUAAUGCGUAUCGCCACUUACAGCCCCGAGAAUUUGCUACAGCACUGCAUAUAUCUUGCAACCAUAAUACUUGCCGCAGAACCACCCUACCAGCUCAAUGCACUACGCAUCGUCGAGAAAGAGCUGCUCGACACUGUGCACGCCAUCCGCGCCGCCGUGCGGAGCGCAUUUUGUCAUAUUGAUGUUCAGGCCAAUAAGACGGAGCUGACCGAGAUCAUAGCAUUGCGCCUGGAAGCACUGGGUCGACGAGGGCGGAUUGACCGCUGGGUGGGUGCUGUAGUAUCGCCUACAAGUGAAACUGCCCAUCCGAUGGCACUGGCGGCGCUCAUGAUGGGGCUUCCUCUCCCCCCUGGGAUGGAAGGGGCUAUGGACGAUACUGACCCGCUCGGGUACAUCGACAUAGAUGUCCAGGAUCCGGAUCUGGAUGACCUGCGGGAAGAUUUCCGUCCGAACCUAAAGGCACGCCUCGAGGGUUGGAUAGAAGCGGGACGGACAAUCAAGGGAGGGAUGUCAGUAUUACUGAAGGUGUAUGCUGUGAUCAUCGAGAUGAUGCCGUUCUUGGGUGCGCCAGAUAUAGUUGAUGAAAUGACGGGACGGCUCUCUGAGAAACCAAGUAAACUCUUUCUCUGUGACGCCCUUGAUGCGCUGUGGGAUUUCUGCAGACAGCAGAGGCGCAGGUUUGCAAAGCCAAAGAGCAAGCAAAAGCCGCCAUGCACCCCCAAUACCUCCCAAGCACCAAGCCAAUCAAGUAAUCAAUCAAGUAAUUCUGGGGGCGUAACGUUCAUUGCGAUAAAUAACUCUCAGUCUUGUCCGGGGGGAGUAGUGGAUGAUGUCGAUUGAGUUUGCUCCUUUUAUUUUUCCUACAGUGCGCACUCUUAGCUUACUAGUACCCUAUUUUGUGGCUCAUCAAUUCCUUGCUCCAGAUCAUCAAUAACAAACAUUGAACCAUGAUCUAGGGUUGGGGUUCCCAAACACGCACAAACAUUUAAACCGCAGCCUGUUUCCGUAUUGGGACUUACUUUGUCAAGACCUUCGCAG